AUGGACAAUCAAGUGACAUACGCGGAUCUAAACUUAUCCAGGGAGUCAGCCCCAGUCAGUUCAUCACCUCCAUCACUUCUCCGGGAUGUUUGUCAGGGUCCACGCUGGCAUCACUGGGCUCUGAAACUUGGCUGUGCUGGGAUUCUUCUCUUUGCCUUGGCUGUGAUAGGGCUGAGUGUUGCAGUGAUAUUUUUAAGUCGAAAUUUAUCAGCAGAAAAAUGUAAUGUGGAUACUCCAGAGGAACACAGGACCCAAACAACAGAGAGACCGAGUCCAGUAGAGUGCCCAAUUCUCUGGCAUCAAGUCCAUGAGAAAUGCUUGUUUCUCUUUGACACUCAACACUACUGGAAUGACAGCUUGGCAGAUUGUUACCAAAGAGAUUCCAGUUUGCUACUUAUUCAAGAUGAGGUAGAACUGCGUCUCAUACAGCACCUGAUACAAGCUGAAGGAAUUCUAUAUUGGAUUGGUUUAAAUUUUACAUUGCCAGAGAAGAACUGGAAGUGGAUGAAUGGCUCAUUUUUAAAUUCUGAUGUAUUACAAAUUACUGGUGAUCAUGAUAAAAACAGCUGUGCUCUCCUCUCAAAUAAGAAAAUUGUUUCUGAGGUCUGUAGUUCAGAAAAUAAAUGGAUCUGCCAGAAAGAACUAAAGCCCGUCAGAACGACCUGA